AAGCCAUGAGAAGGCGUUGUGACAUCGUGUGGAGAUAUAAUUUCCGUGCGACGUGGUAAACCGCGGAAAAUGGCCAUGCCCCACGCCAGGCGCACCCACACGCCUACCACCCUGAAAUUAAGCGUCUAAACGGCCACGGGCAUAAACAACGGCCGACCCGGAUCCACGGCAGAAUGUGAACGGCCUUUGUCCAUCCCUGUGCCCAGUGACCCAGUGGAAUCGGAGGCUCCCGUGGGCGUUCAUCGGAGGUUCAAACACCCUGGACUGCGACCCACGUCGGGGCGAGGCGUAUGGAAAACAGCCCGGAUCGGAGGCCCCCACCAACCCCGGCAAGUGAACAUGUCGCGGGAGGUAACGGCAUGCACGAUCUAGGGCAUUGUUCGGAGUGGGGGCUACUUCCGAACAUUUCUUCGGCCAGGAACAACCUUCUUCAGUCAGACUCAAGACCUUGUGAUAAGUGCAGUCCAGGAGUAUCUCAGCUGUUUUACGACAAAGGUGCUCCACCGACACGUAGAGAACGCCACCACGAAUACCCUAAGGAAAUGAAGCGGAGUCUACGAUCGAUUAUCCUGGUCCUUUUGGUCAGCGCGGGAUGCAUGGGACAGGACAUCACUUCGGCGGGCGAGGUGCUGGCCGAGUGUGACCCCGAAUUGCUGGGAUUCGAACUGGUCACCGGUUAUGUGUUCACCGCCCCAGACGAUCUCCUAGACUCGAUACCCGGAACGCUUAUGCUCACCGACUGCCUGGAGGCCUGCCACGCAAACGAAUCUUGCCAUUCCGUCAACUACGAGACUGGACUCUGCGUCCUGUUCGCCUCUAACGCGGACAACUAUCCGGGAGCGCUGACCAAGUCCCAGUUCCCAGUGUUCACAAUCUACGCCCAGAAGAUUUGCCUCGGUGUGAAACCGUGCGAGAAGGCGUGGUGCUUCGACAGGGUGCAGGGGUACAAACUGCAGGGUUUCUCCAAAAAGAAGCACCCGGCCAGCUCGCGCCAAGAAUGCCUGGAGAUGUGCCUUGGCGAGAGAGAAUUCACUUGCCGAUCUGCCAACUACAAUAAUGGAAGUGGUGAAUGCGAUAUGUCAGAAAUGGACAGGCUGACAGUCGCCGGCUCUGGGGCGUUUGUUUCUGGCCAAGGGUAUGACUACCUUGAAAAUAACUGCGUUGAAGAACCAGUCAAACUGUGCGAAUUCAAAAAGCUAAGUGGAAGAAUCUUGAAGACUGUCGAUUCUGUCUAUCAAGAAGUAGACUCUCUUGAGGAAUGCAAAGAUCUCUGUCUCAACUCUCCGUUUAGAUGCCAUUCUUAUGAUUAUGGAGACACUGGCGAAUCCGUAUGUCGUCUAAGCCACCACUCCAGGGCCACUCUUGCAGAUAUUCAAGAUCCUUAUUUGGAUGUUCCUGAGGCAUCAACUUAUGAACUGUCAGCCUGUUACAAUGUCAGUAUUGACUGCCGCUCAGGAGACAUGGUCGCCAGGAUUAAGACGAGCAAACUUUUCAAUGGAAAGAUCUAUGCUAAAGGAAGCCCGAACUCCUGCGUUUCAGAUGUUAAGGCCAGUCUGGACUUUGAACUGCACAUGGCCUAUGAUGACAUCGAGUGUAAUGUUAAACACCAGGGCUUAGGUCGUUACAUGAACGACGUGGUAAUCCAGCACCAUGACACAAUUGUCACCUCUUCAGAUCUUGGUCUUGCUGUUACUUGCCAGUAUGAUCUAACGAACAAGUCCGUUUCGAACGAAGUGGACCUCGGUGUCCAGGGAGACGUCAGGCCAGCUCUUACAGAAGAAGUUAUAGUAGACUCGCCCAAUGUCGCUAUGAAGAUCACAGACAGAAGAGGAGAAGAGACUUUGCCUUCGGCCCAAGUUGGAGACCCGUUGGCACUCAAAUUUGAAAUUCUAGACAAGAAUUCGCCCUAUGAAAUAUUUGUCAGAGAGCUUGUGGCUAUGGACGGCAUUGAUAGCAGCGAAAUAGUACUCAUCGACUCUGAUGGAUGCCCUACUGACCACUUUAUCAUGGGACCUCUUUAUAAAUCUGCCGAUUCCGGGAAGGUUCUCUUGUCAUACUUUGAUGCUUUUAAAUUCCCAUCUUCUGAGGUUGUGCAAUUCCGAGCCCUUGUCACUCCUUGCAUGCCAACAUGCGAACCUGUACAGUGUGACCAAGAGGAUGCAUCGGGUGAGCUGAGAUCUGUCAAUUCAUUCGGAAAGAGGAGGCGAAGGAGGAGAAGCACCGAACCCAGAGAGGACCUCCUGCUUGUACAGAGCAUUCAAAUUACUGAUAAAUUUGGAUUCAACAAACGAAACUCGUCCCAAUCGAAAGAACCUUCGACAGUGUUUAUGGCGAGCACAAAUGGAUCUCAGAGCGAGUACUGCCUCAACCUAGCUGGACUCAUCAUUUCAACGGUUGUAUUCUUGGGCGUUCAGAUGGCUAUAAUAGUCGCAUGGGUUUUCGUUUGGUCUAGAAAAAGACAAUCAAAGAUGUACCAUGACUCAACCUCAACAAUCAGCAUCCCAGCAAGAACAGACAGUCUUUGUAAACUUUAUGACACAGGCUAUGCCAGGAGAUUCUAGUGCCAUCCAAAAUACCGUUGUCAUUAGUCUAGGAAUCUUUUAAUACAUAAAUUAUAAAAACAAAUCCACAAAACAGUUCGGGACAAUACAGGUAAUUUAAAAAUGCUGUUUGUAAAUAAAAGGUUUUAUGCAGUGUCCUUUCUUAAAAAAAAAAAAAUUUAAAUGAACUAAGUAUUGAUCCAAACAAUAUAGGUUUAGUGAAAAUUCUCUUAGAUUAAGUAUAGGUUUCUCUUGAAAAUAUGUAAUGUAAAAUUGUUAAUUAAAACAGAUCAUUACUUAGUACUUUAGGUUAGUUCACUGCAUAAUAAACCAAUUAAAUUAAAGGAAGGGUCUUGACAAUUGGUCAUUUGUGCAUUAAUUUCUUAAUAUUGCAGUUUCAUGAAUGCCAAACCCUACCGAUAAUUUGGUUCCGGUGGUAGAUUUUUAAAGAAUGCCAAGACUUAAAACUAUUUAACUUAAUUAUUUUUAUACUAUGUCUGUGAAAAUUAAUUAAGCUUUUAAUUUUUUUAUUAAAUGUAACUGGAGGCAAGGAUAACUUUUGAACAAAUAUUUUAGAGAGUCUGUGAUGUGUGAAUGUCCUUUUAUAAUGCUUUUUUUUUAAUAUUGAAAUUCUAUUUAAUGGUUCGAUUCUUGUCCUUGUCUCAAAAUGGUCCAGACCAAAAUGAAACUUUUGACUGAGACUACAUAACCCUGUUUCUAUUUAUUGCAAUAAUUAGUUAAUUAUUUAUUUAGGACAAAAUUCAAUUUUUUAUACAAAUGUACUCUUUUUUACUACUUGACUAUGUAAGUAAUAAUAAAA